AUGUCGGAAACAACUCUUCGCAAAAGAGUGGCAGGCGAUUCCCACGAUCGUGCCGGUCCUAGCCGUGCAACUUCCGGCACCAGCGAGCUACUAUUGACCGAGAUAGACAAGAAUAAGGAAUUUAGUACAACGGAGGAGCUUUUGAUCGAAAAACUCGAUAUUUUCCUCAGCCUGAUAGAACAGAGAAUCGAGCGGUUCGAGCAGUACUUCAAGGUGAUGGGAUCUGAAGAAGCCGUGGAGGAAGAGGACGAAAAUGAAAAGGAUAAAGAAGCCAGAGAGGGCCGGUCCCGUAGAAACAGUCUGGCGCUGUUGAGCCUGAUUCUGCUGAUUCGUCAGAUCUCUGUUUCCCAUUUGAAUCGGGUUUACGAGCAGUUGUACAAGGUGAAGGAGCUGGUUUUGGUGAAUUCCUUCAGGAACGCCGAGUACUUGUACAAGACCUUGGACGACCAGUACAGCAGCAUGUUUGGCCGUGAAGUAGAGGACUUUCUGGAUUCCGAGAUUACUACUCCAGGAGCAGGCUUCCCGGGUAUGGCUCGCAAAGAAGCGCUUCAGAAUAAGCUUAUAGACACUUUGCACUAUUUCGAGGAAAAAUUGGCAUACAUUGACGGGUACCUUUCGGCUAAGGGGGGUGCUGUCGAGGAGGACGAAGCCUCCAGCGCUUUGAAGUUCUUCAACUUCAACAAAGCCUUGAAGCACCUGGACGACGGCUACUUGCACUACUACCAGCUUCCACUUGCGUGGAGAGAGAACAAAUACAUUAUAGAAGGCUACCGUUUCACGAUGGGCCAUUGGGACAUGGUCAAGCUGAUGUUCCACUUUGACCACAACGAAACGGGCAACAUAUGGACUCACAUGAUCGGCUUUUUUGUCAUCAGCUACUUGGCUGUCGUGCAUUUCCCUCAGACCAGCGUCUACCAGGCCAACCUGCUUACUGACAACUGCAUCAUGUACUUAUUUUUCGCUGCCAGUGCCAAAUGUCUUAUCAGUUCGAUUCUCUGGCACACAUACUCGUGUUUUGCUCACUUGCAGACAAGAGCCCGUUUUGCCUGUGUGGACUACACCGGUAUCACCACUUUGAUCACCUGCUCGGUGGUAUCAGCCGAGUACUGUGCGAUGUACCACAUGCCCAAGCUCUUGACGUUUUUCGUAACAUUAUCGAUCAUUUGUGGUCUCGGCGGAUUGGCGUUUAACUGGCUGCCUUACUUUGACAAGCCCGAGUGCCGCCAUUUGCGUAUUGGCUUCUUUGUCGGUUUGGCUGCCAUGGGUGGCAUGACAUUCUUUUUCAAGUGGUACUACGAGGGUAUUUACAGCUCGCUUUACUUUUACAUGCCACUCUCAUACAAGCUGUUUUUGUGGUACUGGAUCGGUGUGCUAUUCUACGCUGGCUUGAUUCCAGAGAGAUGGAGAUACGAUGUGAUUGUGGAUCACGAGGCUCCGUGUCGCCACACACACACCCCACUGGACGUAUUGUCCGGAUUUGAAAACUCCGGUAAGGAGGAGAUUGAGGAGAUUGAACAGGAGAUGGAGAAGCUUGGGGAGUCUCAAGCGGAGUCGGCAGUCGCCGAGAAUCAGACCAUGUCGGUGAUUCAGAAGCACUUCCCAGCUACCCCGACCAAAACGCCUUACCUGGGCGACUUCCUCUCGCUCUGGUGGGUGGACUACAUCGGACUGAGUCACAACAUGUGGCAUAUUUUUGUCGUUUGCGGCAUUGUGGGCCACUACUUCAGUCUCAUUGGCAUGUUUGAGUUAAUUGCACGAUAA